AUGUGGGGUGCAAAGCUAAAACCCUUGCUUCCUGCUUCUCCCCUUCUCUCCUCUCUUCAUUUCACUCCCAGGAAGUGCUUCAUUCUUGGCAAUCCUUCGUUCUCAGCGGUAGAGGAGGGAAAGCAGUACGGCGUGAUAGUGAUAGGGGCGGGGCACGUGGCGGCCCGUCAUUCUCAGCGGUGGAGGAGGGCGAGCAACGGCCCAGCAUUCUCAGCAGUGGAGGAGGGCGAGCAGUACGAUGUGAUAGUGAUAGGCGCGGGGCAUGCGGGGUGUGAGGCAGCAUUGGCAUCCGCCAGGCUGGGCGCCAGGACGCUGCUGCUCACUCUGUCUCUUGACAAGAUCGCAUGGCAGGUGGGUGGAAUAGAAGCAUGGGGUGGCGGGCGGGGCAUGGGGGGUGUGAGGCAGCUCUGGCGUCCGCCAGGCUUCGACUCAAAAGCCAUUCCCAUCCUCCACACUCUUCCGCCUCCCCCUUUUACCGCCAUCCUCUGCCAGCCUUGCAACCGGGGGAUACGGACGGCCAAGUCACAAUCGGUGCGUGAGGCAAACGCUCUGGUUCCCCCCCCUCGUCCCCUUUCCCCGCUUUUUCCCCCCGUUUCUCCUUCCCUCCCUCCCCUUCUGCAGCCGUGCAACCCAGCAGUGGGGGGUCCGGCCAAGUCACAGUUGGUGCAUGAGACAGACGCCCUGGGAGGGGAGAUUGGCAGGAUGACGGACAGGUGCUACGUGCAGAAGCGUGUGCUCAACCGGUCGCGGGGGCCAGCGGUGUGGGCUUUAAGGGCGCACCCCCAUUCUUCCUGCACCUUUCCCCACCCUCCUCACUCCUCUCCACCCCUCCCCACCCCUCUUCUACCUCUCAGGUGUUACAUGCAGAAGCGAGUGCUGAACCGGUUGUGCUGGCCAAUAGGGUGCUACGUGCAGAAGCGAGUGCUCAACCGGUCACGGGGGCCGGCGGUGUGGGCUUUAAGGGCGCAGACGGACAAGCGGGAGUACAGCGAGGAGAUGAGGAAGGUGGUGGAGAAGUGA